AUGCCGGCAAAGUCCGGAGAACAGCCUCUGAAUUUCGAAGGAGGUGAAGAGAAAAAUGAGGCCUCUGCUGAAGGCUUACCUAGCAACGCCGCUACUAAUGAAAACAAAAUGGAAGUGGAUCAGCAAACCCAGACGGCAGGACAAUCUGAGAUUCCCACAGCGGAACCAACUGUAGCAACUGCAGGGAACUCGAGAGUGGAUGCCGAAGCCAUUGCACCAGUGAAAGUUUUCAAUGUGAAGGAUUUUGGUGCAAUUGCUGAUGGUAAAACAGACAGCAGUAAGGCACUGUUGGAUGCAUGGAAGGAGGGAUGUGCAUGGGAUGGUAUCGGUAGAGUUUUGAUUCCCAAAGGAACAUUCCUUGUGGGUCCAGUAGUGUUCAAAGGGCCAUGUAAGAGUACUAUUGCAUUUCAAGUCACUGGGGUGGUGAAGGCCCCUGGUCUUGAGAAGUUCGAAUCCGACGGCUGGAUAGAGUUCCAAUACGUUAACGGUUUGAUGGUUACGGGAGGUGGGACAUUCGAUGGUCAAGGAGCUUUAGCUUGGCCACACAACCAAUGCCCUAAGAUGAAAAAAUGCAAGCUCUUACCAACAUCCCUAAGAUUCAUGUUUGUGACGGAUGCAACGAUCCGUGGCAUAUCUUCAGUGAAUAGCAAGCUCUUCCACAUGAACAUUGUGGGGUGCAAGAACAUAAAGCUCCAAGCCAUUAACAUCUCUGCACCUGGGGAUAGCCCUAACACCGACGGUAUUCACAUAGGAGACUCAAGUGGGGUCAAGAUCUCUCGUUCAGUAAUAGGCACCGGCGAUGAUUGCAUCUCCAUUGGACCCGGCAAUUCUAAUGUCUCCAUCUCCAACAUCUUUUGUGGGCCAGGACACGGAAUCAGCAUCGGUAGCCUCGGAAAGUAUCCAAAUGAAGGAAAUGUGGUGGGCGUGAAUGUGAGGAACUGCACCAUCACAGGGACCACCAAUGGCUUAAGGAUCAAGACAUGGCAAGACUCUUCUAUUUUGUCUGCAUCCAAUUUCAUAUUCGAGGAUAUAGUCAUAAACAAUGUCUAUAAUCCAAUCAUCAUAGAUCAAGAGUAUUGCCCAUAUGCAUCAUGCACCCAACUGACCCCUUCACGUGUUAAGAUCAAUGACGUUAGCUUCACGAACAUUCGAGGUAGUUCGGCAUCACAAGUCGCAGUCAAUCUCUUAUGUAGCAAAAGCGUGCCAUGUCAGAAUAUGCAGCUCAACAACAUCAACUUAGUCUACAAUGGAUACGGUGGACCCGCCACAUCCUCAUGUUCUAAUAUCAAGGGAACUUCUUCUGGCCCACAAAGCCCACAAUCUUGCCUCUAA